AGCUAGCUAGGCUAACAGCUAGCUAAAGAGCACUCUCUGCGAUCAGGUCGUGGUGGGCUUUGUCUUUGCCUCUGACCCACUCGGAAUGUCGGAGUUCCUUCCAAAGCCCAGCUUUUGCGUUUCACGAAAGCGAUAAAAACGAGUCCCUGCGGAUACUACCAUUUUUUUCCCAACCAGGGUUGUGUGCGUUUUAUUUUUAAUCUAACACUAUCGAGAAAUAUGGCGGAUGGCGGGCAUUACUACAAUGAGCAUGACGAUAGAACCGCACCACAGUUCCGCAACCGCAAAGGCCGAGGCUCCCACAAGGGUCGGUCGUAUGACAGGUCCCGCAGAGACCGCCAGCGGGGAGGCCACCCAGGUGGCUUUGGCGGCCCUGGACCACGGUCUAGGCUUGAAGAUACUGAUGGAGAUGUAACUAUGAGUGAUAACUCUCAGGACAACAGCUCCCAGCACAGAUUCAAUCCAUAUGGAAGACCUUUCCGGAAAGGAGAUGGACGGUUUGAUCGAGACAGGCGACAAGGCAAAGGGGGAGGAGGUGGUAGAGGAGGAGGCGGUGGCUUCAGAGGAGGAGACCGAGGUGGAGGAAGCAGCAGUGGUGCAGGGGGGAAAAACCAGUCAGGCUGGUCCAAAGUAACGAUACCACAUGGAAGAAAAUAUGACAAGAAAUGGUUAUUGACAGCUCUUCAGAACAUCUGCUCAGUUCCCUUCACACCUGUACAGUACCAUGUUGACCACGACAGGGCCCAUUUCUAUGUGGAUGAUCCGUCUGUUGCUAAUGCUUUACGCAAAUGUUCUCACAAGAUCACAGACACAGAUGGUUAUAAGGUGGAGGUGCACGUCAACUCCCACGCUCCACCAUCCUUCCUCCAGUCCGACCUGAAGCCUGAACACUUGGAUCACCUGAAGCAAUGCAUGGCAAAACGUUUUGAUGGCUCCCAGCAAGCACUUGACUUAAACAACAUCCGCACAGACCCAGACCUGGUGUCCCAGAAAAUUGAAGUUACCUUGAAUCGGAGGACACACAUGGAAGCUGUCAUCAGGAUCAUUGAGGAAAACAUUCCAGAGCUGACUUGCUUGAACCUCAGCAACAACCGUAUUCACAAACUGGAUGAACUUGCUGAAUUGGUUACCAAGGUGCCUAAUCUGAAGACUCUGAACCUUUCACACAAUGAGCUGAAGUCAGACCGGGAGCUGGACAAGGUGAAAGGCUUAAAGCUGGUGGAGCUGUGGCUGAACAGGAACCCCCUGUGUAUCUACUUCAAGGAUCAGGCUUCUUACAUCAGUGCUGUGCGGCAGAGGUUUCCCCGGCUUCUCAAACUGGAUGGUCAAGACCUCCCCCCACCCAUUGGAUUUGAUGUGGAAACACCCACUACUAUCCCUCCCUGCAAGGGCAGCUGUUUUGGCUCUGAUGAAAUCAAGGCUCUCAUCCUUCGCUUCUUGCAACAGUACUACAGCAUAUAUGACUCAGGGGACAGACAGCCGCUUCUGGAUGCUUACCAUGAUGCAGCGUCAUUAUCCCUCACAACACCUUACUCCACCCAGAACCCGUCCAGGAGCAGUCUGGGGGAGUAUCACAAAGACAGCCGAAAUCUGAAGAGGAUCAAAGACUCCACAAUGAGAUUUCGACUGCUAAAACACACCCGACUGAAUGUGGUGGCUUUCCUCAAUGAGUUGCCCAAAACUCAGCAUGACAUCGCCUCCUUUACUGUUGACGUAAACACCUACACAAAUACACUAUUGUCAUUCACGGUGAGCGGAGUCUUCAAAGAGGUUGCUGUUGAUGGUAAAUCCAGAGACUCCACCAUGGCUUUCUCUCGAGUUUUCAUCACAGUCCCAGCAGGGGGUUCUGGUUUGUGCAUUGUGAACGACCAGCUUUUCAUCCGAAUGGCCACAACAGAGGAGAUCCGCCGCGCCUUUGUGGCUCCCGCCCCAACUCCAUCCUCCAGCCCUGUCCCUACCCUCACCGCACCGCAGCAGGAGAUGCUUACAGCCUUCUCACAGAAGUCUGGCAUGAACCUGGAGUGGUCCCAAAAGUGUCUGCAAGACAAUGAAUGGGAUUUCAACAGAGCGGCACAAAUCUUCACUCAGUUAAAGACGGAAGGUCAGAUCCCUGACGUUGCAUUCAUAAAAUGAAGAGUUGAUUCAUACAUCUGUGAAAUAAAAUCCCCAGUAAUUUUAUUUAUGGCUUUUGUUUUAUGCUUCACUGUUGACUUUUUUGUUUUAUUAAAAAAGUAAUGUAGAUCAAGUUCACUUUUUGUUUUAGCAGGCAAAUGUCAACAGUCUGACCUGAAGACUGAUGGUACAAUCUUUGGUUGUCAUUGUAACCUUAGUUUUUUGACCAUUUGUAUAGAAAUCACUACGUUUUCAUAGGAAUAAAGACAGAUGGCUAACUUUG